AUGAUGAUGAUGGGAUUGCCUCUUUUGACCGGAGCGCUUGCCGCUCUCUCUCGCCCGGCGCACGGCUUGGUCUUCGUCGACAAAAUCAAGCAGAAUAUCGGCGGUAACACACUCACCUUACUCCACGACGUCAGCGACGAAAAAUCCGUGGGAUUCGGCGUCCCGACCGACCCCGACACCGAGGCCUGGACAUUCGACACCACGGGUUUCAGUGACGACACCGCUGUCAUCAAGGCUGGAAACUCCAACAGGACUCUUGUAUGCUCGGAGGGCAGGACAUGCACGCUUGAUCCUGAGGGAUCGAAGGUGACCUAUCGGGUUACCAGGGAGAAUGACCAAGCACCUUUCACGUUUCAGGAAACUGCAUCUGGACUCUUUGUGUCCCGGACACCCGACUUGGGUCUGGAAUUGACACCGUCAAGGUCUGAUGACUCCAUCUUCUUCGUAUUAGAAGCUGUCCACCGAGAGUGA